AAAUUUCAGGGUUUUGUUACAAGUCAUCCGAAAGUUCAGGGGUUUCGCUAAAAAACAUUUUCUCUCUCUGUACCGCCCUCAAUUUUCUUUCUUCUUCCAUCGAUCGAACCGAAAACCCCAACUUUGAUCUCUGCACCGCCGUUGUCACCUAUCGCCACCUAGAUCACAACCUCUCUCGCCGCCGAAGACCGAGAUCUGGUGUCGAUAGAGAAUCAUGAGGAGACGGCCUGGAAUCGCUGGCUUGCAGAAUGCGGCUGCAGCUAGGGAUCAAUAUCGACUGAUUGGAGAAAAUGUUGCCAAGGUCAGAACAGAUCUCAUGAAUCAACAGCUUGCUACUUUUCGAUCUCAGUUGGAAGAAUUUGCUCGAAAACACAAGAAUGACAUUCGUAAAAACCCUACUUUCAGAUCACAGUUUCACGAGAUGUGUGCUAAAGUUGGAGUGGAUCCUCUAGCUUCUAACAAAGGAUUUUGGGCUGAGCUACUGGGGAUUGGUGAUUUCUAUUAUGAACUAGGUGUUCAGAUUGUUGACAUUUGUUUGGUAACUAGAACGCAUAAUGGAGGUUUAAUCAACUUGCAGGAGCUUUGCAGUCUCCUGUGUCAGAGGAGAAAAACUGCUCGAGAAUCAGUGUCUGAAGAUGAUUGCCUGCGUGCAAUAAAUAAACUGAAGGUGUUGGGUAGUGGUUUUGAAGUGAUCUCUGUUGGUAAAAAGAAGCUUGUCCGAUCAGUGCCCACCGAGUUGAAUAAAGACCAUAACGAAAUUCUUGAAUUGGCCCAGGCCCAUGGUUAUGUGCUGGUAGAAGAGGUUGAGAAGAGGUUUUCAUGGUCGUCUGGUCGUGCUAUUGAUGCUCUCGAGACUCUUUUGGAAGAAGGUCUUGCUAUGAUUGAUGAUGGCCACAGAGAUGGGAAGCGGAGAUAUUGGUUUCCUUGUGUAUCUUCUAUUUCUUCUGCCACAGGAUCCGAAGGUUUGAAGAUUUGAUAGUAGUGUUUGAUCCAGGUACACUAUUGUAAUCUUAAUCUGGUUUAUGGGAAUUAAUAUGACUGCAAAAGAUUUAACAAUAGCACGCCUAUGUUGCUUUCUUGUCAACAUUGAUACUAUAAAUACUUAUAAUCUUCUUGUAUAAGUGUUUCUUUUUCAGUUUGGCAAUUAUAAAAUUGAUUAGGUUCAUGUA